AUGGCAGCUGACACAUGCAGCUCGCAACCAAUAGAAACUGCUUCCUCGGUGGCAGCAAAAAGACAAGCCAGGGAGGUUUCGAGGCCACAGUCACUGUCACCAUCCAAGAGGAUCAACACCAGAUGUGUCAUGUUACAUCCCACAAGAAUGCCUCCACUGUCUCACCUGCGCAGCCUAGUCUUGUCAGACAGUUCUAGUUCUCAUAAGGAGACUGAUGAUUCCAGAUGGCCUGAGGGACAGCUAUUGUGGGGCAAAAUACGAGGUUAUCCUUUUUGGCCAUGUAUGGUAUCCAGAGAUCCAUUCUCCAAACUUUUUACCAAGACACUGGGUAAGUCUGUGGCUGUAUCUCAUAGGUCUUGGAAAACCUCCAGAUCUUACCAUGUCCAGUUUUUUGGUAAAGAGACGGAACACAGCUGGAUAAAUGAGGCAUCACUGUUGGAGUUUGAAGGCAGGCACAAGUAUCUGGACAUUGUCCAGUACGGGCUGGAAAACCCACAGAGGAACUCCAGACCUCCAGGUGAGUUUGUGAUCAGUCCAGCUUGGUAUCCAUCCUGGAGUCUGGCUGUCACCGAGGCCGAGGCUGCAUCCAAGUUGGGGCUGGAGCAGCGCAAGCUCUGCUAUACUUUUGACUAUGUAGUAACUAGGGGAGAGGCACAGAAGCCUGUCGAUGAACUGUUGAAGGUGAUUUGGUUCCAUUCAGGUGGGCGUCAGGGGGAUGGUGAAGACAAGCCAGAUAUUGAUGAUGAUGAUGAUGACAGUUUAUAUAAUAAACUGUUUGGUGUCCGGAGGGAGAAUGCCUGCUACGAUUCUGAUGACUUCUACAGCUCAGAUGAGAGCAGUAGCUCUACAGCAGACAGGCCUCCCAAACCUCCAGUGAGGGUUCAAGUCAGGCCAGGUCUGCUGCAGGUGUACCUCCACAAACAAGGCCCUUUCCUCCAAGAGAGGCAUCCAGAUUGGGACCCAUCUUUUGUGGAAGAGUACCUGAAGAAGCAAUGGUCAGUCAUGUCCAGCCUGCAGCGAAGUCGCUACACAACAAGGCACCAGAAGCCACUGUUUGUGGAGGUGUACAGAUCUCAGCGUUCUGUCUCACCCACAGUUGAUGAUUUGCCUCCAGUAGAUCCUCUGACACUGGGUCUCCAGAUUCAGAAACUGUCCAGAAAGUGGCACAUUCCCAGGUCAGAGAAAUCUGGCAUGGUCUGCCGGCAGCCAGGUGCCGACCUAGUGCGCUGUCAGGGUCCCUGUGCUGGAUAUUUCCAUUCAACAUGUCUACAAGAUGUCAGAAAUGAUGCCUCCUUAUGUCCGGAAUGCCACUUGAAUGCUACUGUCUGUUUUGCCUGUAAACAACCUGGGGCUGACCUGGUGCAGUGCAGCAGCCUGAAAUGUCACAAGUUCUACCAUGAAGUUUGUGUGGCUCAGUUGCCGCUGACCGUCAUGGACCCGGCUGGUUUUCUGUGUCCACUCCAUGUCUGUGUCACCUGCCAGGUGGAGCAGAGGCCUUUAGCCAGGGAAGGUAUGUCAACAAGAUCUUUUGUUGAGUGUCUGAGAUGCCCCACAGCGUACCACUGCAGUGACUGGUGUCUUAUUGCUGGCAGUCAGCUCACUGGCAGGCAUCAUUUGCUUUGUGCUGAUCACUUUCAGCCAACUAGAGGCUGCUCCCAGCACUCCAGGGUCCACUUGAGGGCUUGUUUGAAAUGUGGACUUGGUAAGAGAUUCUUGUAUUAUGUGUAUGUGUGUGUGUGA